AUGGGCUUGGACAAGGUCAAGCACGUUGUGCUGGUAAGUCGCCUCAUCCGGCUUCAUUACGCGUCGCUGACAACGCAGAUCCUCUCCGGCAAAGGCGGCGUCGGCAAGUCAUCCGUCACAACACAGCUCGCCCUAUCGCUCGCGCUUGCCGGGCACUCGGUCGGGAUCCUCGACAUCGAUCUGACCGGGCCCUCGAUCCCGCGAAUGCUCUCGAUCGAAUCGUCAAAAGUCACACAAGUGCCCGGGGGGUGGGCGCCCGUGCUCGUGCAGGCCGCCGACGCAGCGACCGGGUCCGGCAGCCUCUACGCCAUGAGUCUCGGGUUUCUGCUUCCGCAGCGCGGCGACGCGGUCGUCUGGCGCGGGCCGAAGAAGACGGCCAUGAUCCGGCAGUUCUUCAAGGACGUGCUGUGGCCCGAGGUCGACUAUCUGCUCGUCGACACGCCGCCGGGGACGUCGGACGAGCACAUUUCGCUCGCGGAGACACUGCAGCGAGACGCGCGCCCGGGGCAGGUGUCGGGGGCGGUGGUGGUAACGACGCCGCAGGCCGUGUCGACGGCUGACGUGCGCAAGGAGCUAAACUUUUGCUCCAAGACGAAUAUACCUGUGCUUGGCGUUGUGGAAAAUAUGAGCGGCUUUGUGUGUCCACACUGCUCAGAGUGUACCGAUAUAUUCGGUUCUGGGGGCGGCAAAGCAAUGGCAGAGGAGUUUGCCGUCAAGUUCCUCGGGGCCGUGCCGAUGGAUGCGCAAUUUAUUACGUUGGUGGAAGAGGGGAGGCGGCCGCGGUACCCGGUGGGCACCCAGGUGAAUGGAGAGGAUAUCUCGACGGAGCAGGUCAACGUCGAUGAUGCGGGUUCCUUGAUGGAAAAGUACAAGGAUUGCUCGCUGUAUCAUGUGUUCAAAGACAUAGCGCACGGGCUGGUGGAGGGGUCAACAAGCGGAUGA